CCCGCGCGCGCGCGCGGACCCGAGGCGAUAUAGCCCGCCCUCCCCGGCCACCUCCUCCUGGGGGGAAGCCUAGCGGCGGCCUCGCUGUAACGUGGAGGCGAAAUGUAGCGAGCCGGGGGUCGCGGCUGGACGCUCUCCUUGGCUAAGGGUGGGAGGGACUCGCCGGGGGCCGAGGAGGACUGUCGAGGAGGAGGAGUGAUGAGAAGAGGGGGAGCCCUGUACCCCCCGAGACCACGGGCUCCUGCUGCCUCUCGCCAGGCGCCCCCCUUCCCCCCGAGCGAGGGGCAGGUGUUCCACGCAGACGCUCCUCACUUCAAGCACCAGGGAUUGGGAGCAGUGCACAGUCUUCCCAGGAAGGAAGGAAACCUCCGGAGGGAAGGAGAAAGGCGGCAGGCACUGGCCUGGGAUGAGCAGAGCCUGAGGAGCUGUGGGCAGCCAGCGGAAGCCAGUCCGAGACGGAGUGAAGGGCCGCAGCCCCGACGUGGUGCUGCCUUUUGAACAGUUGGACCCAGGCUGCUUUCUUGGGAAAGAAGGGCCACCUUCAAGGGCACUCCACACUUGGCUGUGCCCUCCGGCUCUGGGGGGCCCGCUGCUCUGAGGAGCCGGCAGCUGAGAACCAAAGAAGAGGCCAGAUCCGGAUCCAGUUCCCCCUGCUCAGAGUGGCCGGCUGCAGUCAGGCGUCUGCACCCCUAGUGGCCGGCUGCGGCGUCUGGGAGAACCUGCUGUUCCCCUCCGGCUCGCGGCUCCCUGCUUGAUGGGGCUGCCUGUUGCUCACUCAGCUUCGGCAGCGCCUGGGAGGAGCUGUGAGCCGUGGGAAGAGGCCCCACGGCACCCCAGCCUGGGUUCACCCCAAGACUAAAUCCUUCCCAAGCUAGAGAGAAGAAAGAGGGCAAGGAGAAGAAAAGAGCAGGCUUCCCGUCAUGUCCUCUAAGCCAGAGCCAAAGGACGUCCACCAGCUGAACGGGACUGGCCCCGCCACCUCAGCCUGCUCUCCCGACGGCCCGGGCAGAGAGCCCCUGGCAGGGACCUCUGAGUUCCUGGGGCCCGAUGGGGCUGGGGUAGAGGUGGUGGUGAUUGAAUCUCGGGCCAAUGCCAAGGGGAUCCGGGAGGAGGACGCCCUGUUGGAGAACGGGAGCCAGAGCAAUGAAAGUGACGAUGUCAGCACCGACCGGGGCCCAGCGCCCCCCUCCCCACUCAAGGAGACCUCCUUUUCCAUUGGGCUGCAAGUGCUGUUUCCCUUCCUCCUGGCCGGCUUCGGGACGGUGGCCGCCGGCAUGGUGCUGGACAUUGUGCAGCACUGGGAAGUCUUCCAGAAGGUGACGGAGGUCUUCAUCCUGGUGCCUGCGUUGCUGGGGCUGAAGGGGAACCUGGAGAUGACCCUGGCAUCGAGGCUGUCCACUGCAGCCAACAUCGGUCACAUGGACACGCCCAAGGAGCUCUGGCGGAUGAUCACUGGGAACAUGGCCCUCAUCCAGGUGCAGGCCACGGUGGUGGGCUUCCUGGCUUCCAUCGCAGCUGUCAUCUUUGGUUGGAUCCCCGAUGGCCACUUCAGCAUCCCCCAUGCCUUCCUGCUCUGCGCCAGCAGUGUGGCCACAGCCUUCAUCGCCUCUUUGGUUCUGGGUAUGAUCAUGAUUGGAGUCAUCAUCGGCUCUCGGAAGAUUGGCAUCAACCCAGACAAUGUGGCCACACCCAUUGCUGCCAGCCUGGGUGACCUCAUCACCUUGGCACUGCUCUCAGGCAUCAGCUGGGGACUCUACCAGGAGCAGGAAAACUGGCAGUACAUCUACCCGCUGGUGUGCGCCUUCUUCGUGGCCCUGCUGCCUGUCUGGGUGGUGCUGGCCCGCCGGAGUCCAGCCACCAGGGAGGUGCUGUACUCGGGCUGGGAGCCUGUCAUCAUCGCCAUGGCCAUCAGCAGUGUGGGAGGCCUCAUCUUGGACAAGACUGUCUCCGACCCCAACUUUGCGGGCAUGGCUGUCUUCACACCUGUGAUUAAUGGUGUUGGGGGCAACCUGGUGGCGGUGCAGGCCAGCCGCAUCUCCACCUUCCUCCACAUGAACGGGAUGCCGGGGGAGAACUCCGGGCAGGCGCCCCGCCGCUGCCCCAGUCCCUGUGCCACCUUCUUCAGUCCUGAUGUGAAUUCUCGCUCGGCCCGCGUGCUCUUCCUGCUCGUGGUCCCAGGACACCUGGUGUUCCUCUACACCAUCAGCUGCAUGCAGGGCGGCCACACCACGCUCACGCUCAUCUUCAUCAUCUUCUACAUGACCGCGGCACUACUCCAGGUGCUGAUUCUCCUGUACAUCGCAGACUGGAUGGUGAACUGGAUGUGGGGCCGUGGCCUGGACCCGGACAACUUCUCCAUCCCCUACUUGACAGCGCUGGGGGACCUGCUCGGCACGGGCCUCCUAGCCCUCAGCUUCCAUGUGCUCUGGCUCAUUGGGGACCGAGACACGGAUGUGGGGGACUAACUUGCUCACAGCCUCCUCCCCACCUCUCCGCACUUUCUCUUUGGAAUACUUCCUGGGUUCCCUCCGUGCCCUCCACUCCACUCUCCACCUCUUUCUAGGACUUCACUUUGAUACCAGAUUCUCAUUAUUUUCAAUGGGAAUGUUUAUACAUUGAGCCAGGUCUAUAGAGCAAGACUUCAGGAAGGACAGAUGCCGAGAGAAGCGAGACUAGCAGACUUUUGAGACAAUCACCAAGUGCACUUUCCUGGAGGAGCCCUCCAGGUGGGUGGCAGGGCUUUAGCUCCACCAACCUCCGUCUCAGCCCUCAGGAGAAACCUUUAUCAACAGGCUCUGGUUUCUAAAUUUUGUGUUGCUUUUUUGGCUGGACAGAGGAAUAACUCUCUCCAUCCCGUACCCUAUAGAGUCACCCAUUUUGGUUUUUUCUAGAUAUGGACCAACUCAAAGCCCUGGCCCUGUAUACCCUGAGCCUCUUCUUGCACUCUCUUUUGCUCCAGUGUGAGGUGAUCUGGCUCACGGAAGGAGGCCGUGCCCUAGCCCCAGCUGCACAGCCAGCACUCCAGGCCUCCCUCUGAGUUUCCCGCCUGACACAGUGGCCUGCUCUCUGUUGCCCAUGUCCUCCCAGACCGGCCAGAGAUUGAUCCUGCAUCUCUUAAGCACUCCUUUCCCCAGAACUUGUCAGAUUAUCUUCUGAGAUUUGGGAUGUGGGAGGUGCAGAAUGCUGAGAGGUUAAAGCACCCAGGGUAUUUCACUGCUGUGGCUUCUCCUGAGGCCAAAUGUGUGGUCACCGUAGACACAGUCAUGUCUUCAGGUCACACUUUGUCAUGCCUUAGGGGUUAGCUUUCCUCCCUAGUCUUCUUGCUUUGCUCACAGACCCUCAUCGUUCAUUCAUUCAUUCAACAAAUACACAGGCUUCCGAGGCUUGGUCAUAGAGCAGUAUUUAGUGACUGUGUAUGGGGCACUGAGUCCCAGUGGGGAAAAAAAAAAAGCAGCUCUGACCUCACAGUCCCCACAUAAAAGGCAGAGACCUUUUCUCACCUGCAGCACCCAGCCAGGUUCUCCCUCGGUCAGCUCCCACCCAUCCCACCCCCACUGCAUUCCUGUCCCUCAGCCUCUCCUUCCCUCUCCCUUGCCUCACCAGCCACCCCCGAGAGGACUCGGAACAGGCAGGCUGGACACCUUCUCGGCCUUGAGCAAAGUUGGGGAAACUUUGGCUCCUCCACAUCUUCCCCACAUCAUGAUAAACUGGAAAUCUCUCCACACUCCCACAGGUACAGAUCUAGGUAUAGGGGUGCAGGCUUUUACUGACCUCAACCCUCCCCACUGUAUCCUAAAGCCCCCCACACACACUUCCAAGGGUGAUUUGGCACUGACCCACCCAGUAACACCAUGCCAACCCCAGGAAGUAGCGCCUACCUCCAGAGAAUUGCUUUUCCUUUCCUCCUUUUCUACCCAGACCACCUUCUGGAAUCUAGACCCUUAGGAUUGGAAGGAAUCGUAGUGAUUAUUUUUUUGGAAUUGUGUCAAACAGAGUCCAACAUCAGCAUGGGCUCAUCUCGGCUCUUCCUCGAGGCCUCCUUCCAUCUUUUGUCUCUAAACACGUUUGCACACAUACUCCUGUACACACCAAAACCAAGUCCUGUGUCAUGUGGUCUCCAGUGGUCCCUGCCCCAUCCUUCACCCCUCUGUUUUCUCUGGAGUUUAUUCAGGCCUACCUUGGGGGACUCCUAAGCAUCCUCCUUUUUCUGAAAGGCUGGGAGGGUCAGCAUGCCCCGGGCCUGAUGCGAUGAGAGAGGGAAGACCAGGCUGAGCAGGAAGGAAAGUGAGCUUGACUUUCCUGCAAGGGUUCCUUUCCCCUGAUGACACAAACUGCAUGUAAGGAACAACAUUGGUUUACUCCUGUAUCCUUAAAAAGUUACAGAACUGUGUCUUAAGAGAAUUAUUUAUAGUUAAUAUAACUGAAUUGACAAAUGUCAACAUAACUGAUAAAUUAUAUUUGGUAAAAUAAAGAGGACGUUUAUUUAGG